AUAGAAUCUGCUUCACAGCCCGGCGCUCUUACUGUGGACUUGAUAGGAACAUACUUAAUGUUUUUUUGGCAUACUAAAUAGCAUGGUAGUAUGGGUGUUGUAACGCACACUCGGACACACAAGUAACGGGCACAUUGUGUGGCUGUCGCCGGUGAUCCAUUCGGCGCAGGUGUGACUCUUAUGGCACGAGCCCAGUAACUACUAUAGACUGUAUAAUACAGGUAACUAUAGCGUCAGUGUAGCUACAUGCUAACGCUAGUUGACAGCACUCUGAGCUCCAGACACAGACAGGAGGAGCAGGUGAAGCGAUUAAUGAUCCCGGUCUGCUGCAGUUAGUUAUCUCUGAAGAGUCUAACGGUCACAGGGCGAUGUUGUCAGUGUUCGUCAGGUCAGCUCUCACCAAAUACAGGAGGUCCUGGCUGCCCGGUCAGGCUGUGGUCCGGGCCAUGUCGUCCUCAGGUGGUGCCGUCUCUCCUUACACCACCCUGGCCAUCAGUCACCCAGCAGAGUCCAUCACACACGUAGAGCUGCACCGCCCGGAGAAACGCAACGCCAUGAACAGAGCUUUCUGGAGUGAGAUGGUGGACUGCUUUAAUGAGAUAGCUGGGGACCCGGGCUGCAGAGUGGUGGUGGUUUCUGGAGCUGGGACGGUCUUCACAGCUGGGAUCGACCUGAUGGACAUGGCCGGCGACAUACUCAGCCCAGAGGGCGACGACGCGGCCAGAAUUGCCUGGAACGUGAGAAAAGUCAUCGCCAAGUAUCAAGAGACGUUCUCCGUCAUAGAGAAGUGUCCAAAGCCUGUUGUAGUGGCCGUCCACGGAGCAUGUGUUGGGGGAGGUGUUGAUCUGAUCACAGCCUGUGACAUCCGUCUGUGUACCCAGGAUGCCUGGUUCCAGAUAAAGGAAGUUGAUAUUGGACUUGCAGCAGACGUUGGAACUCUCCAGAGACUUCCGAAAGUCAUCGGCAGCCGCAGCCUGGUGAACGAGUUGGCUCUGACUGCCAGGAAGAUGUUUGCCGAUGAAGCAAAGAGCAGCGGACUGGUCAGCCGAGUGUUUGCAGAUAAGGAGGCCAUGAUAGCUGCAGCUCUGGAGAUGGCCGGGGAGAUCGCUGGUCGCAGCCCCGUAGCCGUGCAGGGCACCAAAGUCAACCUGAUCUACUCCAGAGACCACAGUGUGGCCGAGGGACUGGACUACAUGGCUACCUGGAACAUGAGCAUGCUUCAGACUCAGGAUGUGAUGAAAUCAGCUCAGGCCUCCAUGGAGAAGAAGAGUCCAAAGACCAUCGCCUUCUCCAAACUCUAAACUCAAGAGAUGCUGUUUUAUUCCCCCGCUGUGGGAAGAGGGGGGACCACAUGGGAUUUUGUCUUUCUAAAUAUGUGGCCAUAUGAGGAUGACUUAGUGAGACUUUAAGGGGAGAGUUCACCAGCUUUUAUGUGGCUGUCCAAUCAGUGCUGAUGGUAAAUGAAAAGAUAAAUCCUCCAGUGCGAGCUAUAUUGACCCUCCUGCUAAGGAGCCGUGUUAGCUGUGCCUACAUGUACCAGGAUGCAUUGCGAACAGUGAUUUUCCAUGUCUGACAAAGAAAAAUAACUCUCCUAAACUUUAUUAAAUACAACAGUACACCUUCGGAAUUCAAGUUUCUCUCUUACACUAAACUAAGACGGGCUUACUUGCUCUGUUAACUGAUCCUAAAACACCCAAUAACAUUAUCUGUACUUAUUUUGCCUUUUUUUUUUUUAACUGUUGGAAACGUGACAAGAGCACGUUUUUGGAGUAGCGUCAGCUACCGAAGUUGAGUGUAGAACUCCGUAGUUUUUUUCCGUAUACCAAGUGCGUCACUGGAGGAAGGGACAUGAGCAGAUUUUUGCAGCUGCGCCCCCACAGAACUGCAGGCAUUUUUUCCCACUAUAUACCCAACUGAUAGGAAGAGAAGGUUGAUAAUCUGAAUUUUCCUUUUAAGAAAUAGAGGCUUGAAUCCAUUGUUGGAAAUGAGAUGAUUGGUUUCAAAAUAUCUGUAUUAUUGUUUAGGUGGAAAAGCCUCUGAAACAGGAUACUCUACUUCCCAUCUCAUUUGUGUGAAAUCAAGUUAUUUUGAGGUUAACUUCUGUACCACAGGUGACAAACUGAAAUAUGAGAAGUGACUCUCAGCUUGUCAGUAAAAGAAAAAAAUAGUAACUGCAAGUUUUUGUAAUUCUGUAAUCGACUUCAAGAAUGUUUAAUCUUAUUAAACUCAUCUGAAAGUUAA